AUGUUCUCCUCAUACUCGUUUAAUAUCACCCUCACCGUCACCAAUGCCUCAUUCAGCUUCGGACAGCACUAUGCGGUGCUCAAUCUCGAUCUGGUCAAUGAAUUGGUUGCAACGGUGAACACCACCACGGUCGGAGAGGCAUGGAUUGACACUGUCGCGACCUGGAUCAACACUGUGCACAAGCAGGAGCCUCCUCCGUUGAGCAUCUUCUCGCGCGUUUACUAUUCCAACGUUCAGCGCCCAGAAAUCGGCGACAGUCCCUUCGGCUUGGCCGUCGCUGCCUUAGGCAACCUGACAGCGUCGAGUCCCGUAUCCCAACUCUAUCCAGCUUUCAAACCCCUCGACAAUUGGGAUGUGGUGGUGCAAAAAGCCCGUUACUACGCCGGGGCUGGCAAUCCGCUCGAGGAGAUCCUCAGUAGCCAGAAGAUCGACACGGUGAUACUGUCCGGAAUUCGUACUUCGGGGGUGGUGCUUAGCACCGCGCUCCGUCUGUUGGAUCUCAACUACAAUUUACGCGUCAUUGCCAACAACACGAUCGAGUCACCCUCGACCUAUGCGACUUCGAUUCAGUAG